AUGUCCCAACGCAUAAGCUGUCCCGUCUGCAACCGUGAUAUCGCUCUUUCAUCCAUAAACCGACAUUUGGAUGAGGGAUGUCCUGAGGAACAAAAUGUGUCUGAAACUUCUGCUUCCGGAUUCUUUACUUUGACUAAGAAUAAGGCGUCUGCACCGUCUGCACCGUCUUUAUCUGCAAAUUCUGGACGUUCUACAAUAACCCCAAGUCCAGCGGGAGGCAAAGAUUGGCUAGUUUCGUCGCCAGCUUCCAAACAGUCACAACAAUCUCAACAAAAAAGGACAUUCUCUCUACCAUUUCAAGGGACGAGCCACGAUGCCAAAAAAUCAGAUUCGAGUGGUGGAGGCACUGUUUUCACUAAAUCAUUCGGAGACGAUGUGACGGCGGAUCCGGAUACGCCAGCAGCCAAACGUCAAAAAACCAACCCUGCUCGCUCAGCGAUGCCGCUAGCUGAGCGUGUUCGGCCGAAUACUCUUAACAACAUAUUUGGUCAAGACCUCGUUGGUCCUGGUGGUAUCCUCCGCCGAAUGAUAGAGUCUGAUUCUAUUAAGAGUAUGAUUCUUUGGGGUGGUCCUGGUUGCGGUAAGACCACUAUCGCUAGAACGAUAGCUGCAAGUACCAAAGCUCGGUUUGUGGAGCUAUCUGGGACGACCAAUAAUAUUGCAGAUUGCAAGAAGAUUUUCGAACAAGCGAAAAGCGAGCUAGGCUUACUAGGAAGGAAGACAAUAUUGUUUAUCGAUGAGAUCCACAGGUUUACAAAGACACAACAAGAUGUCUUUUUGGCGCCAGUUGAAAGUGGUCAAGUCAUUUUGAUCGGGGCUACAACUGAAAACCCGUCGUUCAAAGUUCAAUCCGCACUAUUGUCCCGCUGCCGGGUUUUCACAUUGAAACCUCUAACCACAGAAUCCACCCUCAAGAUCUUAAACCGGGCUCUGUCAACAGAGUUUCUGGAACAAAGUGACAUCCCGCCGCUAUUGGACGAUAAAUUGUUAACGUACCUUGCCGAAUUCGCUUCUGGUGAUGCUAGAACGGCGUUAAACCUUUUGGAAAUAUCAAUCCAGCUUGCAUCCCAACACCAAACCGGAUCAAAUCAAGGGUUUACGCAAGAAGAUCUCAAGAAAGCGUUAACAAAGACACUAGUUUAUGACAGGCAAGGGGACGGUCAUUAUGAUACGAUUUCCGCAUUUCACAAAAGCGUGCGGGGUAACGACCCAGAUGCAGCGUUAUAUUACCUCGGCCGAAUGAUCGAGAGUGGCGAAGACCCGUUAUUCAUAUCCCGCCGGAUGAUGGUUAUGGCUAGUGAAGACAUCGGAUUGGCAGAUACCACGGCAACGCAUUUUGCCGUUCAAAACGUUGGAAUGCCUGAAGCGAGAAUCAACCUCGCCCAUUGUACCGUGGCGCUAUGUCUCGCAAAGAAAUCGACCCGAGCAUACCGGGGUCUUAACAAUGUGUUGGCGCUCCUGCAAUCCGAUCCAGAGGCUGCGAGUGCCCCAAUCCCUCUCCACCUACGCAACGCUCCAACUAUGUUAAUGAAAACUUUGGGUUAUGGGAAAGAAUACAAGUAUCCACCAAAUUAUGUGGACGGGAUUGUGAAACAGGAGUACUUGCCUGAGAGGCUUAUAGGGAAGAAGUUCUUGGAGGAUAUAGAUCUGGGGACUAGGGUUGAUGAGGAGGCUUAUGAAGAAGAUGGCGCGGGGGAGGUUUGA